AUGAAUCCAGGUGGUUCUGGUCUGAGCACCAGUGGGUCCUCGGGAUCCGGGUUCACCAGCGGUUCCAGGUUCAGGAAGAUCUUCGGAGGAACCAGCAACCUCACCGCGGCAGGAGGCUCCUCGGGGGCCGCUAGCAUCGCUAGCAUGUCCUACAGCUUCCUGAGCGCCAGCCGGGAGGCCCGGAGGGACGCGGGUCUGGGGGGUCAGGGGCGUCAGGGGGGUCCGGGGGGUUCAGGGGGUUUGGGGGGUCAGGGGGGUCCUGGAGGUCUGGGGGGUCAGGGGGGUCAGGAGGGUUCAGGGGGUCUAGGAGCCGUGACGGUUUCCACGGUAACCAGGACCGGCUACUCCUCAGGAAGAGCCGGGGGGGAGAAGAGGGGGUCGUCUCUGUCGUCCUCCGUCCCGUCUUCACCUCCGCCCAGGGAGAGGAAAGGCAGCGCCGCCAUGACGGCGUCGGCAGCGUCUCGGUCCAAGGCGUUCGACGGAGACUCCAGCGACGAGUCGUCUCCGGAGAACUACAGGAAGGAGUACGGAGGUCUCAGUUCAGGACUCGGAGCGUUAACCUCUCGAGGACGGAGUCAGAGCAGAGAGAGUGAGAUCAGAACGCGGCUGCAGAGCGCCUCCCCUUCGGCCAGAUGGACGGAGCUGGACGACGUGAAGCGUCUCCUGCGGGGCAACGGCUCCAGCAGCACCAGCCCCACCCAGUCGCCCAACAACACCCUGCCCAUCCCCAGGAAGGCCAGCGUGGAGGCCAGGACGGAGGCCAGGACGGAGGCCAGGACGGAGGCCAGGACGGAGGCCAGGACGGAGGCCAGGACGGAGGCCAGGAUGGAGAACAGGAUGGAGAACAGGAUGGAGAACAGGAUGGAGAACAGGACGGAGGCCAGGAUGGAGAACAGGAUGGAGAACAGGACGUUGUCCGAGAGCACCGCAGACCAGUACGGCAGCGUGUGGUCCCAGGAUGUGGGCGGGGGCUACAGUUUCACCCCCAGCCCCAACAACUUCUCCAGCACCGCCGCCGGCACCGCCGCGGGGCCCCUGUACCAGUCAGGACUCCAGAACAACCUGACUCUCACUUCUACGUCGGUGAACGCCGGACUGACCGCCAGCAGCAUCGGUCCGGUUUACGGCGUCCAGAACAACCUGACCAGCACCGGUCCGGCGGGCCUGACGCCCAGCGGGACCAGCAGCCCGAUCGUUUACGGCGUCCAGAAGAACGUGUCCGGACUGGGACUGAGCUCAGCAGCAGGACGACCCAGCAGCCCGGCGGUCGGCGGCCCGGCUAGCGGCCCGGCUAGCGGCCCGGUCGGCCUCGACGGGAAGGACUUCAACUUCACGUUCACUGAGAAGGACAACGCUCUGAUCAAGAAGGAGGCGGAGCGGCUCGUCACGGCCAAAGACACCGGGAAGCAGUUCCUGACCAGCAGCUCCGCUUCCUACUCCGACGACUCUCUGAAGAGAGAGAAGCAGAAGUUUUCGUCCGUGGACGAGGGAACGGAGAUGAAAGCCUCCACCCUGAGAGUCUCCACCAAGGACAAGGCCACCUAUGCAGAGAUCCGGACGGACGAGUCGGGCCUGGGAUGCCUGUCCUGCUGCAGCUGGUGGAAGUGGCUGCUGGGUCUCCUGCUGGGCCUGCUGCUGCUGCUGGGGCUGCUGGCCGGACUCAUCGCCUUAGGUGACGAGGUCCGGCGUCUCAAGGACCGGGUCGAGGCCCUGGAGGCGCUCACCGGAACCGCGGUGGCCCGGUCCAGCCGCCUGGCGUCCUCCGGCGUCAACAUCAUCGACCCGCUGGACUCGGCCUACGCGGGCCGGGCCGGGCCCGGGGCCGGGUCCACGCUGACCCGCUCCGACAACGGGAUCAACCUGGGCGCCGCCGGGCCGCUAGGGGGCGCCGCCGGACCCGGGACCGGGCUGGACCUGCAGAGGACGGUCCAGCAGCUGGUCCGGACCGAGCUCCAGUCCGGUCCUGUGAGAGAAUCCCUGGCAUUUUCCCUGAAGGGCGAGAGAGGAGAACCCGGACCCAAAGGUGACCCCGGAUCUCUGGGACUGAAAGGUGACCUGGGCCAGCCGGGACCCCCAGGUUCUCCGGGACAGGCGGGACACCCGGGUCUGGACGGGCCCCGGGGACCCAAGGGGGGCGCAGGAGAACCCGGGUCCGAGGGGCCGGCGGGCCAGAGGGGCCGGGAGGGACCGACGGGCCCCCGAGGAGAACCGGGACCCCCCGGUCUGGGAGAGAAAGGAGACAAAGGAACUCCAGGAGAACCAGGACGACCCGGUCCUGCUGGUCUUCCUGGACCCCUGGGUCCAAAAGGUCCAGCAGGGGAGCAGGGGACGCCCGGAAACCCAGGUUCUCCGGGUCCGAAGGGCUUCACCGGAGAACCAGGUUCUCCAGGACCUAAAGGUGACCGGGGAACCGCAGGUGCAGCGGGAACUAAAGGAGACACCGGAGAGAGAGGAGCGCGCGGACCUUCAGGUGAAGCGGGACUACCUGGACCUCACGGCCCGGCGGGUCCAAAAGGAUUUAACGGACCUGCAGGUGAAGCCGGUCCAGCGGGUCUUCCUGGUGGGAGAGGCCCAGCAGGCCCAGCAGGACCAGCAGGACCAGCAGGACCAGCAGGACCUUCUGGAGACGCUGGACCUCCAGGUCUUCCAGGACUCCAGGGACCUCCAGGUGCAGCAGGAACCCCAGGACCCCCUGGUGGUAAAGGUGAACCCGGACCAGCGGGGAAAGUCGUCAGCGCCGGUUCUGGUACCGUAGCCGUCCCUGGACCUCCAGGACCGUCCGGGCCUCCUGGUCCUGCUGGACCCCCCGGUGUGUCUGGUCCCAUCGGCCCGGCCGGGAUCCCCGGACAGACAGGUCCGAAGGGAGAGAAGGGAGAGACGGGAGAGAAGGGAGAGACCGGAGAGAAGGGAAAAAGAGGGGAACAAGGAGAAACAGGGAAGCAAGGAGAAACAGGGGAGCCGGGGGAGCAAGGCCAGCGUGGAGAGCCGGGUACCAGCGUCUCAUCAGAACCGGCCACCGGACAGAACCAAGUGGCUGGACCUCCUGGACCUCCUGGACCCCCAGGACCCGCUGGAGCUCCGGGUCAGCAGGGUCGUCCUGGUGAGGGCCGGCCGGGUCCCCCGGGCCUCCGGGGUCGUCCUGGAGACGCAGGCGUUGGCGUACCUGGACCCAAGGGAGACAAGGGAGACAAGGGAGAGCCAGGAGACAUGGGAGACAAAGGACCCAAGGGAGACGUUGGAGAGCCGGGCAGCUUUGUGCCGAACUCAGGAACUUUCUUCGCGGGACCUCCGGGACCUUCUGGACCUCCGGGACCACAGGGUGCACCAGGUGACCGAGGACAACGAGGGUACCAAGGUGAACCGGGACAACCGGGUCUUCCAGGGAGUCCAGGAGAACCGGGAGAACGGGGUUAUGGUCCGCCUGGAGCUGCAGGCCCCAAGGGACCUCCAGGAGAGCAGGGAGAGCAAGGCGAGCCAGGAGUUCCUGGAACUUCAGCAAGGGACCGCGGGGGCUCCUACAUCCCUGGUCCCCCUGGACCUCCUGGACCCCCUGGUUCUGGUCGCCCUGGACCUCCUGGACCCCCUGGUUCUGCUCCCCCUGGACCCCCCGGAUCCCCUGGACCCCCUGGUUCAGACGGGUCAGGCAACUUGGCCCAUGACGUGGCCGAGAUCCUCCAGAGUGAGGACGUGAAGCGGUACCUGUCUGGACCUCCGGGGCCCCCUGGAGCCCCGGGUGCUCCUGGAGGUCCGGGUCAGGCCGGAGCGGUGGAGGACGGCCUGGUGGACACCGUCGCCAAGCGGGUCAUCGACUACAUCCAGAGUUCAGGUUCAGGUCCCGGUUCAGGUCGGGGUUCCGGUCGGGGUUCAGGUCGGGGUUCCGGCGCUCCUGCACCCGUCAACGUCAACGACGUCAUCUCCAUUCUGCAGCGGGAGGAUGUGAGGGCGUACGUUAAAGGUCCACCAGGACCCCCAGGACCCCCUGGAGCUCCAGGUCCUGGAGGUCCUGGAGCUUCAGGUCCUGGAGCUUCACGUCCUGGAGCUUCAGGUCCUGGAGCUUCAGGUCCGGACAGCAACAGCUUCGACACCCAGGAGGUCGCCCAGCGUGUCCUCGAUCUGCUGAAGGCUGGGCCCCAGGCUCUGGCGGGCCCCCCGGGGCCUCCUGGUGCUCCAGGUUCUCCUGGGAGAGAAGGUCCAGCGGGACCACCGGGGCCCCCAGGAUUUGGGAACCGCAUCAGUCCAGACCUCCAGGAUUACGUACAACGUGUCGCCCAUCGAGGAGUUCCUGGACCCCCAGGACCCCCCGGACCCCCCGGACCUGAGGGCCCCCCGGGUCGGACGGGUUCCCUGGUCCCCCCGGGUCGGACGGGGCCCCUGCUCUCCUACACCGACCACAGCAGCCGGGAGACGCUGAGGGCCGAACCCCAGGAAUACGUCAGGGAUGACGACGGUUUGACCAGGUUCAUGUUCGGACCUCCCGGCCAACCAGGUCCUCCUGGACCCCCGGGACACAAGGGAGGGCCCGGUGUGCUGGAUCCCGGUGUCAGCGUCACCGACGCCGUGGAUUUCUCCAUCGUGGCCGAAAGAGUAACCGAUUACAUCAGAGACAGAGGCGUGCUGCACGACAUCAUGAGGGAUUACAACAACCAAGUGUUCCAGGGGCCUCCGGGCCCCCCGGGGCCCCCCGGCCGAUGGUUCGGUUCCCAUGGAAACGCCACCGACCUGCUGGACUUCAUCAGAGCUCACGGCCUCCUGCAGCAGUCCGGACCCCCGGGCCCCCCCGGUGCUCCGGGUCCGGCCGGAACCAGCCGGCUGUUCGGCUCCGACACCAACAUGGCCGACAUCAUGGAGUUCAUCCGAGUUCACGGCACCGUCACCGGACCAGCCGGACCCGCCGGAGGACCAGGACCCAAGGGAGAACCGGGCCCCCCGGGGCCCAAGGGAGACAGAGGAGAUUUCCCUCCGGAGACGAUGAGGAGGAAGAGGAGGAGGAGGGACGUCUGAGGAAGAGGAGGAGGAAGAGGAGGAGGAGGAAGGACGUCUGAGGAAGAGGAGGAAGAGGAGGGAUGUCUGAGGAAGAGGAGGGAUGUCUGAGGAAGAGGAGGGACGUCUGAGGAAGA